CCACUGAAUCCUCCAACUGGUCCAUCCAAAGAAGACGAAGGAGUAAAAAGCAAAAUGGCGUUUGACAGAGAAGGCCUAAACGUGGCCACUGGCCAUUAUUGUUUAUCUAUUUGUAUUUAGUGCAUACAUGUACGCAUAUAUGUCGUGUAGUAGAUGAAACAUUGUUAGUCAUUGUUUGUAUCCGGAUACAUUAGUCUGAGCGCACUUUAUCGCGUCUUGUGCUAACUUAGCUUGUUAGCUGCUAACAAAGAGACGCAGACGUUAUCAACACAUCGCUAAGUAGAGAUCAAAUGUGAGUGUCAAGUGUUGUGAUUGUGUGAAAAUGUGCGAAAGAACGAUAGCAAAGUGUGAGGAGGAACUUUGUCCAACAAAAGAGGAGAAGGAGCGACAACAUCAACUACAGGACGCUGUUUUCAAGAAACAUCAAGUUGUGUUACACAGAACAGACAUCCAGCAGGCCCCCCACAUUAAAGAGGAAGAGGAGGAUCCACAGUCCCCCCGCAUUAAAGAGGAAGAGGAGGAAGUGUGGAUCACUCAGGAGGAAGAGUGUCUUCUAGGGCAGGAGGAGGCUGAUCUCACCAAGUUUCCACUGACUGUUGUCUCUGUGAAGACUGAAGAGCAUGAAGACAAACCACCUGAGUCCUCACAGCUUCAUCACAGUCCAAGAACGAAGAUGCAGAGAUUCAGCACUCAACAAGCAUUGGAAAUGCUCCUUUCCAAUGUUAACCCUGUCGACUCGGAUGGAGAAGACAUCAAUCUUCAGGAGGAUUCAGACUCCGAGCUGUCUCAGUCAUCUUCAGAUGAGGAGACUGCUCCCCAACCAACAAAGAGAGCUCGGCUGGGGACUGAUGUGACAGAGACUGCGAAAGAUGGCACAGUAUGGCAUGAAGAACAGGUGGGAACGGGUCCACAUUUCACCCCGCCAUCGCCAUACAGCGCAGAUGGAGAGCCAACAGCUAAGGCCAGGAGGUCAAUCACAAGUCGUCUUCAGAGCUUCCUGUGUUUCAUCACUCUGGACAUGCUUGGCAUCAUUCGAGACUGUACAGUUCAACAUGCAAAGCAAACGGAGCAUGUGGAUUGGUUCAUGGGCCUCCCUGAACUAAUGGCAUUUAUUUCCAUCACCAUGAUGCGGGGAAUCAUCAGGGUGCCAUCACUGCGUGACUGCUGGUCGAAAAACCUGGGAAGCCCACAGAUCAUCGAAACCAUGUCCCGAGGGCGUUUCCAAAACAUCAUGCAUCACCUGCGCUUUGAUGACAGAGACACCCGCAGCGAGCGAGCACAGACCGAUAAGUUUGCUGCAAUUUCAAACAUAUGGGGAUUGUUUGCCACCAACUGCAUCACAUCCUACAUCCCUGGUCAACACAUCACCAUCGACGAACAACUUUUCCCGUCCAAGACUCGCUGCUGUUUCCUACAGUACAUUGCAUCUAAACCAGACAAGUUUGGGAUCAAGUUCUGGGUGGCGUGUGACUUGAAAACCAAAUACGUCUGCAACAUCCUCCCAUAUCUUGGCAAGGACGACACUCGGCCUCGUGGGGAGAGAGUGUCUGAGAGUGUAGUCAUGAGGCUGAUGGAACCAUUCUUGGACAAGGGCAGAAAUGUUACCACGGACAAUUUCUUUACAUCACUGUCACUUGCAAAACGACUACUUAGCCGGAAUACAACCAUCCUCGGCACAGUCAACAAGAUUCGCAAAGAAAUUCCACCGUCAACUCGACAGAUGUACCGCGAUGAAUUUACCACCCAGGUAUUUUCAACCACUGGUGCCACACUGACGGUGUAUGCGCCCAAGCGGAGGAAGACUGUAUAUGUUCUCAGCAGCAUGCACAGCACCAUUCAGACACAGGAUACCACCAAAAAGAAGCCAAACACCAUCACACAGUACAACACAACAAAGUGCGGCGUCGAUGUCAUGGACCAGAUGGUGCGGGAGUACACUGUCCGCGCAGGAACACGGCGCUGGCCAGUAGCAGUGUUCUAUAACAUGAUUGAUAUUGCAGCACUGAAUGCCCACGUGCUCUAUCAAUUAUGCACCGGGAGGCAGGAGAGACGGGUGGAUUUCCUGCUGGAACUUGCAAAAGAGUUGGCUCACUCCCACGUGGGUAUGAAAAAGGCCCAAAAGGAACAAUUAUUUCGGCAACAACGCUCCACACCACAACUAGGAAAAAGAGCCAAGUGUCAGGCUAAAAUCCAAUGCAAGGACAAUCAUGCAACUGUGCGCUGUGUUGACUGCUACCGUUAUACAUGUGGGAAAUGCCGAAAGGAGCAAUGGCAGUGCCAGGAUUGUGAGUGACUGCUCAAAUGUAUGUCAGUCACGUUUACAUGGACAUGGUUUUUCAUUCUUUGUAAAUAUGCUUUUUUCUUUGUAAAUUUUUUUUUUUAAACUAUUUUUGGCACACAAAAAUAACAAUUGCUUCUGCAACAACCCUCCACACCAAAACUGGGAAAACAGUUGCUUUUUCAUUCUUUGUAAAUAUGUUUUGUUUUGUAUUUUUUUUAACAAUAAAUGUCAGAGUGUUGAUCCCUU